AUGAAGACGGCGUUAAGGGAAAACGAGCAUAGAAGGGCUACUUCGCCUUUUGGGGGACAAAAGGUCUGGUACAACAAAGGGAUGGCAUGCGCUGAUAUUGCCUUGCGAGGCGUCGGGCCAUUUGUGGCCACAGUGAGACCAGAGACAUUUGAUGUAUUUACCUUACUGGUUGGGGGUCCAUUCUAG